AUGCUUUUAUCGUCAAUAUUUUGUUUAUUACUAUCUAAUGCUUUAUCUUUUAGACGUGAUACUGCAAUUUUAUAUAGUAGAAUUGGAAUAAUAGUAUUAUUUUAUUGUAUUUAUUUAGCUUAUAAUAAUUUAUUUUUAACAUAUUUAGAUAAUGGUAUUGGGUUAUUUGGAGGGUUAUUUUACACAUCUUCUAUAACACAAAUAUUUCACAUAUUAAUAUUUCUAGUAAGUUUAUUGAUAUUGAAUAUGACAGGAUUUUAUCCUAGAAAACUUAUAUCAAGUGAAUAUAUGAGUUUACAUAAAUUAAUAUUUACAAAAUUAAGCUUUGUAAAAAAUUUAACUGUAUCAAAUAUUAUAUUAAAAAAAGGAGAACAAUAUACAAUAAUAGAAUAUACAUUAAUGUUAUUAUUUAUAAUAACAGGAAGUGUAUUAUUAAUAUCAAGUAGUGAUUUAGUAUCCAUUUUCUUAUCAAUAGAAUUACAAAGUUAUGGAUUAUAUUUAUUAUGUGCUAUGUAUAGAAAUUCUGAAUCAUCAACAUCGGCUAGUUUAACUUAUUUCUUAUUAGGAGGAUUAUCAUCUUGUUUUAUAUUAUUAGGAAUUGGAUUAAUUUAUGCAAAUUUAGGUGUAACAUAUUUAGAUAGUUUUUAUGUAAUAAAUAAUUUAGCUGGUAUAAUAAACAAUCAAGAAAUAACAACAUAUAUACCAUAUUGUUUAUUAUUAAUAUCAGUAGGAUUUUUAUUUAAAAUAUCAGCUGCACCAUUUCAUUUCUGAUCACCUGAUGUUUAUGAUGGUAUACCUACAAUAGUAACAACUUUUGUAGCUAUAAUAGCAAAAAUAUCAAUAUUAACUUUAUUAUUACAAUUAGUUCAUUAUACUAAUAGUAUUUAUAUUACAACAAGUUAUAGUUGAACUACAAGUUUAUUAGUAAGUAGUUUAUUAUCAUUAAUAAUAGGUACUGUAUUAGGUUUAACUCAAUUUAGAAUUAAAAGAUUAUUUGCUUAUAGUACAAUAUCUCAUUUAGGUUUUAUGUUAUUAGCAUUAACUAUUAAUAGUGUUGAGUCAAUACAAUCAUUUAUAUUCUAUUUAAUACAAUAUAGUUUAUCUAAUUUAAAUGCUUUUAUUUUAUUAGUAGCUAUAGGUUAUAGUUUAUACGCUUAUAAUGAUAAAAAUAUAAAUCAUAAUAAUUUAAUAGAUAAAAAUAAUUCACCUAUCCAAUUAAUAAGUCAACUUAAAGGUUAUUUCCAUAUAAAUAGUAUCUUAGCUUUAAGUUUAUCUAUUACUUUAUUCUCAUUUGCAGGUAUACCACCUUUAAUGGGAUUCUUUGCUAAACAGAUGGUAUUCUCUGCAGCUUUACAAGAAGGAUUUAUUUUCUUAACUCUUGUAGGUGUUUUAACUAGUGUUAUUAGUGCUGUUUAUUACUUAUUUAUUGUAAAAACAAUGUUCUUUGAUGGGCAUACUUACACUUCUUUUAAUAAAUUAAAAGAUCUUAAAAUACCAGCCCUUGUUUUACAAAAAGAUAAAGUUAUUAAUAAAAUUUACUUUGAUUCAAAAUUUGCUUUAUCUAGUUCUUUAAGUAUAACUAUUUCUAUUUUAACUUUAAUUAUUCUUUUAUUUAUGUUUAUGCCUAAUGAAUUAUUACAUAUUUCUAAUUUAUUAUCAAUAAUAUUAUUUAUACCUAAUAGUAUUUAA